UUCAGCUGAUGAUCAUUCAGAGCAAGAGACUACACGAGCAGGACGGAAACUUGCUUCACGCCAUCUCUCACUUACUCAGGGAUUUAACCGAGUCCACAACAAACAUUUGACCAAAGGUUUCACAUCCAUCCAAGAAAAUGGGUUGCUUUGGAUUUUUGAAAACCAUGAUGUUUCUCUUCAAUGGCAUCAUCUUUCUGGCAGGAGGGGUUAUUCUCGGUGUGGGCAUCUGGGUGAAGGUGGACAAUGGCUCCGUGCUGAAUUUUCUGCAGAAUUUACCAGGCGCUUCGAGUCAGAUGGGACAGGUGUUGAAUGUGGGAUACCUGCUGAUCGCUUUGGGAGCUGUGCUGGUCAUCCUGGGCUUCCUGGGCUGCUGUGGAGCCAUCAGAGAGAGCAAGUGUAUGCUGAUGCUGUUCUUCAUCAUUAUUCUGAUCAUCUUCAUUGCUGAAGUUGCUGGAGCGAUUGUAAUUCUGGCGUUUAGGCCGCUGGCAGAAACGCUGAUAAAACAGUUGGGAGUUGAUGCUGUGAAAAGCCUCCAAAGUGACUUUGGGAAAAACGCAGACGUCACUGGAUUGUGGAACACAACAAUGGCUGGGAUGAACUGCUGUGGAUUCAACAACUACACCGAUUUCACAAACUCUUACUUCGUGAACACCACCAAGAAUUACCCAAAUCAGUGCUGUAACACAUCUCCCUGUAAUCAGACGGCUGUUAGGAAUUCGACUGUAUCAGGUUGUUUUCCAGCACUGAUAAACCUGGUCGACAAAAAUGCGGUUAUUAUCAUAGCCGUAGCAUUGGGCAUCGCUGCGCUUGAGCUUGCGGCGAUGAUCGUGUCCAUGGUCCUGUACUGUAAAAUAGGCUCAAAGGCUUAACGUGUCACUUUAAUUGAAAUAUCUAUCCAAUGACUCCUCUGAUGAUUGAGGAUAAGGUGGAUCAUCGGUCGUGAUGGUUUCAUUCUGGAUAAGAAUGUCUGCUUAAAGGGAUAGUUCACCCCAAAGAUCAUUUAUUUAACAUUCAUGAUUUUUGUUCUUCUAUUGAACAGAAAGGGGAAAAGGGGGAGAAAAUAGCCAUUGACAUCAAUAGUAGGGACAAAAAAAAUACCAUGGAAGUCAAAGGUUGUUUUGUUUCCAACAUUAUUCAGUAUAUUUUUCGUUUCAUUCAACAGAAUAAACUAAAUUUGGGGGAACUAUCCUUUUAAUACCUUGAAUGAAGAACUAAAUUCAGACUGGCAGUCUGAAAUUUUAACAUUUUACAGUAAUAAAAUUAGACAUUUUAAUGAUUAGCAUUUCAUUGAGACUGAUUAUUAUUAUUAUUUUGUACUUUUUUACUUAUGUACCGUCUGUUUUAUUAUUUAAAAGCAUAAAACCCAAAGCCUUGCUUUGUAAUUCUAAACACACUACUGUCAUUAUAUGUGCAAUGACCAAAAUAUAGGCCAAAUGUUUUCAAGCAAAAUGUUGCUGAUUGUAAUUUAUUGCAAACCUUUUACAAGCCAAUGGCAUUUACACAACUUGCCUUUUCAUGUAAUAAAGCACAAUGUUUUGUUUAAAAUGUGAUGUAUAAAGUUUUUACAAACAACCUGAUUAUAUUAUGUUGCUAAAUGUUCAUAUACGAUGUUUAUUUUGGUGAUAAUUACAGAUA